UUUUUCAGGUUGUAAUGGUUUUGUUACAACAGGGGACAUCUGAUUAAUGGGCAAAUAUCGAAUAUUUUAUUAACAAACUUUAAUAUAAUAUUCAGAAGGCUUCUAUAGUGUAUGUGUUGAAAAUUUACUGGUAGUCAUAUGUAGAAAUAUUGAUCUUGUUAAAAAUGUUCCUGACUUGGAAUAAUGGAAAAAAUAAAACAUUUACGGGGAAAAAAUACAAAACGUUUACAUCUAAUUGGAAUGAUUCUCUACAUCUAGAUCUAGAGAAUCCAGAUAGAGCCUGCAGCUGAUGGUUAGAGAUCAGGGGAGGCGUCUAUCACCUGAAUUUGCUGGGAGGGGGUUCCAUAAGAAGGUUUCGCGCGGGCUGCUCCUCAUCAGCUGUCAGUGGUCGAGGCCGCGCGGCGGAUGCACGUGUCAGUGCGCGCGUGGACUCAUGGCUCUGUUCGUGGACUCGGAGUCCCCGGUACUGAGGAAGAACCAGAACAACAGGAACGGGCUGGUGGACAUGAGGCUGUUCUUUGGACCGCCGGAGCCCCGCAGAGCGCCUGGCGGUGAGGCUGUGUCUUCUCCAGAGCCUGAGAGGAGCUCGGCUGUGAUGGAGGGACACAGGAAACGAAAAAGGACCAUCUUCAGCCGCGCCCAGCUGUCUGAGCUGGAGCAAGCCUUUGCCGUGACCCCGUACCCGGACAUCACCCUCAGGGAGAGGCUGGCCGCUCACACACACCUGCCUGAGAGCAAGAUCCAGGUUUGGUUCCAGAACAGAAGAGCUAGAGGCAUCAAAACUGGAAGACUUCCCAAAUCCACCAAACCCGUUCUGGGAGGCAGAAGUUUUGCAGAACCUUCUCAUGGACCUGGGACCUCCACCUAUCCAGCAGCAACCAGUCUGGCAGAGUUAUUUAGACAAGAACCGAACCACUCGUGUGAGGACGUGUCACCGAUUUACUCCGACUGGAUCCAAAUCUACAGCAACCAGGUGUCCUCAGCGGGAGCAUCGUCCUUCCUCCAGCAGGCUCCUCGCAGCUCCUCCAAACCGCCUGAGCCUCGUCUUUGGGAGGAGGAGCAACCGAGGCAGCAGCACAUGGGGGCAACUCUGUCGGGAUUCCUCCCUGGCCCCUUCCCUGAGGCGGGGAGCAGGCCGCCCCCUUACCCUGUCCCCUCCCGUUCCUAUCAGGCUUUCACAAGCUUUAAGCCUCAAAGCGUCGCUCCCUCUGGGAACCACCAGGCCAGGAACGGCUCCGGCCCAGGAGGUCGAGAUCACGGCUACGUGGAUCAGGUCGUCCCCUCCCACCCCCACUCGGUGUACUGGGAGGUAACUCCAGGACAAGGCCACCGCAGCCACCAACACCACCAUCAUGCCCAUCCUCAGAUGGGACCUCAGACUUCCAUGGGAUACAUCUCAGAUCUGAUCUACAAUGCAGCCAUUGUUACAAAUUUCCUGGAAUUCUGACACCGGAAUCUAACAGAAAGACUGCUUUUUUAUGGAAUUUUGUCUCCUGUGAUGUCAGUUUUUUCUCCUGAGUUUUCUGUGUUUUUGACUUUGACCAAAAAAUAAAAUUAAUAAAUAAAUAAAGGAGGGAUUUUUGUGGGGUUUCAGGAAUAAAGUGGUGACAUUAAUUCUU